AUGGCUGAGGCAUUCCUCACCGAUCAACUUGUCCUCUGCCUAGUAGCUAGCACCGAUCAAGGAUGGCGCUUGCUCCCCCGGUCGUCUCUGCGCUCCCUGUUGCUGCUCAUGUCCCACGGGAAGCCACAGCUGAGCUCUUUCUCCUCCUCCUCCGUCGCCCGCACGGGCGUUCCGCCGGUCGCCCCGGGAGCUGAUACCCCUCCGGCUGCUCCGGCCGUCCAGCCUCCAGUCACCACAGCUCGGCCAGAUCGUUCAUGCCCGAAGCUCCCUGGGGGUCCACGUACAUAUGAGGAAGAGACCGUUCUUCAGCCACUUCAUGGAGUAACUGACAAGGCUUGUCUGAACGCCCCUCAAGAUCCUAGCGCAUACCCAACUCCUGAUCAUGGGUCAUGUCGCACACCUGAACCUGUACCCGUCGAGCCUCCCAGUCCCCGAAUCUCCUAUGCAUCCCGAAGUUCCUAUACACAAAGUUCGUGAUCCACCACCUAGGACGCGUCGCGGCGCUGUAACCAAUGGUUCACGUGGCACACCUGAAACUGUACCUGUCAAGCCUCCCCGGGACAUCUCUGAAGGUCCUGGACACGAAAUUCCUAGACACCCUAUUCAUGAUCCACCACCUAGGACGCAUCGCGGCGCUGUAACCAAUGGUUCCUGUGGCACACCUGAACCUGCACCUGUACAUGUACCUGUCAAGCCUCCCAGGGGGAUCUCCGAAGAUGUUAAACACAAAGUUGGUGAUCCACCACGUAGGCCUAAAGCUGUAACCGAGCAGCCUGCACAGUGCUCUCCGGCUGCUCCUGCCGUUUAGCCUCCGUUCACCCAGCUUUGCCAGAUCAUCCGAGCCAGAAGGUCCUUGUUCAGCAAUAGUUUGUUCUUCAUCCACUUCCUGGAGGGUCUACCUUGUAGACUUAAUCUCGUUGCACACGUCAACUUUUACUUGGCUUAAUUUUCACAAGAAUAAGCUGUCCACGUAGCGUGAGGUUGUUCA